AUGAGUUGUGCAGUAGUUCGCUUUAAUAUCUGCUCAAACCCCAAAAAUUGCACCCCUGGAAGUUUUUCAAGCAUUUCCUUCAGUUCCCAGUUGACAAAUUCCAGGAUUCAGUUCAAAACUCCAUCUGGGCAGCUACACAGAAGCAAAGGGUGCAGGGCCAUUUCUAAGGCAUUUUAUGCUCCAAACAGUUUUUACGAUGUGUUGGGAAUUGAAGAGAGUGGAACAAUUUCUGAGAUAAAGAAAGCUUAUAAACAAAUGGCAAGAAAAUAUCAUCCUGAUGUGUCUCCACCAGACCGUGUUGAUGAAAACACCAGGAGAUUUAUACUGGUUAAGGAGGCUUAUGAAACCCUUUCUGAUCCACACACCAGAGCUUUGUAUGAUCAAGAUUUAGCUAAUGGAUUGGGCUUAAAUUUCUCUGCUGGAAGAGGAAACGAAUAUUACCAGAGAAAUGGAGAGUGGAAAAUGAGGUGGCAAUCUCAAUUGAAUGAUUUGAAGCAGAGAAAAAUGGAUUCAGGAGGAAGAAUGUCUUGGGGUGCUCGAAUGCGUAGCCGAAGAUGA